UUCACGGUCACAAUAGGCAGUCAGCUGCAAGCCUCUUGAAGGAAUGGGAGAUUUUUUGAAACAAGUGUCACCGGAGAAAAUCCCAAAAUUGCUCCAAAGCUUAGAAAAAAAGCUUCCGGAAUCUAUUGUGGUUUAUCACUGGAUUAAGACGCAGUUGGAGUGGGAAAAAAACACGCCUGGGCUUAAAGUCCGAAUUUUUAGCCUCAAUGGCGACGGGAACGAUGCAUCUGUAAUCUGCGUUGGCGACGGAAUUGUGGGCUGCAAGAAAAUGUAUGGAGUCAUUUACGCAACGGCCGAGAAAGAAGAGUCUUUCAAAGAGGCCGUAAAGUCGAGCGAUUCAAUCGAAUGGAAGAGAAUCAAACGGUUCCUCGCCGUGCUGGAGCGGAACAUCCCCUUACUGGAGCAAAUCCUCGAGCACAAAGGGUGUAAAAUCUUGGCCGAUUUACAUGAAUGCUACUUGCAAUACAUGUCUGCGGAGAAAGGAGCCGAAUUCACUCUACCCGAUCUGCCUAAAAACGUGCGUGUUGGGCCUUUGGAAGAGCGGCACUUGCAAACAGUUUGCGACAACUGGAGCCACUACGACCUUGAAUAUCGGCCCGUCGUCGCGAAUGAUAUUAAAUUUGGCCCGGCAGUUGGGGUCUUCGUGAAAAACGAUAUUGCUGAUGGCGGACAAGAAGAAUUGGCCUCCAUGGUGAUGCGCACCGAAUACGGAGGCAUCGGCAUUCUGCAAACCGUUCCUCAGCACAGGAUGAAGGGCUUCGCCAAAAUUGCCUUUGCGAACAUUAUCAAGCAGCUUGGGCAGAAAGGGUUUAUGCCCUUUGGCACUGCACUCACGUGGAACGAAUCGUCACUGCUGCUUUUCGAGAAGUUUGGAUUUGAUAAGUUGAUGUUUACCGUUUCUUUUAUUUUAAUUACUGCCAAAGAUUGAACUGAAAUAGAAUUUGAUACGUAAAAUAACUAUUUUUUGAUUAAAAACAAGAAGAAAACUCGCUCCUUAGUCUUACUUAGUAGUCGAAUGAAAUGGAAUGAAAUGGAAUGAAAUGUCAUCGCUGCUUUUUAAGAAAUUCGGGUUUAAAAAACUCGAGGUAGUAACCGUGCACGACGCAUGAUUUGUUGAAAUAAUAAAGAAAUUUACAAAAGAAAUUUUAAAUU